GGAUGGCACUUCGGCGCAUGCGCUCGGUGCGCUGAAAAGAUGGCGGCGCCCAUGGGUAUUUCAGAGACGUGUACCACACCAACUUUGCGGAGGCGCAAGGUACCUGGGGCAACUCAGACACCAGCUGAGACCUCGGUGCUUCCGCAGAAACAGAAGCUCGAAACCUCAGGACUGACUUGCAGCUUCUGGCUAACCAGGAUAUUGCUGCUGAGAGCCAUCGCUGGCAUAUAUUUUGUGGCUUUCCUGGUAGCAUUUAACCAGAACAAGCAGCUCAUUGGGCGAAAAGGAUUAUUGCCAUGCCGGCUCCACUUGGAAAACAUAAAGCAGUACUUUGGAGGCAAGAUUGGCAUGGAAGCCAUCAGUCAUGCGCCAACCCUCUUCUGGUUUUUAGACUGGUCUCAGAUUGAUACCCAUUUGGAUAAUAUUGCUUUGGUUGGUCUUGUUAUUUCCAUGUUCAUACUUUUAUCUGGGUGUGCUAAUAUGGUUCUUAUGACAACGUUGUGGAUACUGUAUCACUCUUUGGUGAAUGUUGGACAGAUCUGUGGGAAUCUCAGCUCUUGGAAACUGGUUUUCUUGGCAUCUUCUUGUGUCCAGUUUGGUCUCUGUCCAGAAUACCUGAGCACACACCACCUUCACGCAUUGUCAUCUGGGGAUUUCGCUGGCUAAUUUUCAGGAUUAUGCUCGGAGCAGGCCUGAUAAAAAUCCGGGGAGACAGAUGCUGGAGAGACCUGACUUGUAUGAACUAUCACUAUGAGACGCAGCCCGUGCCAAAUCCACUGGCUUAUUAUAUGCACCGCAGCCCAGACUCAUUCCACCAGUUUGAAACCUUAUGCAAUCAUUUCAUCGAGCUGAUUGUACCCUUCUUUAUAUUUCUUGGUCGUCGCAUGUGUCUUAUUAACGGGGUUCUCCAGAUUCUUUUCCAGGUGCUUCUAAUCUUCAGUGGGAAUUUGAGCUUCUUGAAUUGGCUGACAAUUGUGCCAAGUAUUGCCUGCUUCGAUGAUGCCAGCCUGAGCGUCCUCUUCAGUUCCAAAGAUGGGUCUGCGAAACACCAGGUGUCCAAAAUACGAGCAGAAGAAGCCACGGGAGAGAAACAGCUAAAACGUUAUGGAUCUUAUGUUCGGCAGAUUCUUCAUGUCUCGCUGGGCGUCCUUAUUAUCUACCUCAGUAUGCCUGUUGUUCUUAAUCUGUUGAGCUCCAGACAACUUAUGAACACUUCCUUCAACCCGCUUAGAAUCGUAAACACAUACGGAGCGUUUGGAAGCAUCACCAAAGAGAGGACAGAGGUCAUCAUUCAGGGAACUUUAAGUCUUGAUCCCAAUGACCCAAGUGCUGUAUGGGAAGAAUACGAGUUUAACUGCAAGCCGGGCAACUUAACGCGGCGCCCGUGCGUUAUAAGUCCAUACCAUUACCGUCUGGACUGGCUUAUGUGGUUUGCUGCUUUUCAGACAUAUGAACAGAAUGAGUGGAUCAUCCACCUGGCUGGCAAGCUACUAGCCAAUGACAGCUCGGCAACCUCCCUUAUAUCUGUCAACCCCUUUCAGAAGAGCGAAGCUCCCAGAUGGAUCAGGGGAGAGCACUUCAGGUAUAAGUUCAGCCGUCCGUGGGGCACACACGCAUCAACAGGGAAAUGGUGGAUCCGUAAAAGGAUUGGUCCUUAUUUUCCACCAGUCAACCUUCCUGGACUCAAGAUGUUCUUCAAAUCUAGAGCCUGGCCUCUGCCAGCCAAGCUGUAAAGCCCAUUUAAAUGGGCAAAGAAAACAUUUUCUUUCCUUUUCUUUCUUUUUCUUUUUUAACAGAAUCAGGUGAUUUUCUGUUUGUAAUUCGUUUUUCACUAGACAUAUGAUUCAUUUUUUAUGGACUUUCCUAAUUUUAGGUUUUUUUUUCUAAAUGUAUACUGUGAAGACAUUAAAUUGUCAAGAAAAAUAAAUAAAUAUUGCAACGUGCCUUAACUUAAUAA